CUAGUUAUCUUUUAGUAUGACAAAACCAAAAAAUAAAUAAACAAUCCUACAAAAUCCCAUAAUAGUAUUAAUUUUGUAUUUGUGUAUAUUCUUUUCUAAAUUUAAAAUAACCCAUGCCGAUGUAAUGGUGGAACAGCAGAAGAAACGUUUAGAAGGAGCUAUCAGCGACAUGAUCGAGGAUAUGUAUCGCUCGCAUUUGAAACGCAUGCAGUCCACCAUGCAUCGUUGUGCGGCCCGUUGUUGUGAUGACGAGCGAGGAACUUUGGAAAGUGUACAAAAUUGUAUUGAGAAAUGCGCCCAACCGCUGAUGGAAGCCCAGGAUUAUCUACAACAUGAGUUGGGUCAAUUUCAAAGUCGUUUGCAAAGCUGUGUGCGGGAUUGCAAUACGGAUGCGCGAGCGGGUUUACCCAAUAGUCCCAAUGAACGUGACAUGACCAGACAGCAGCACCUCUUUGAGAAUUGUACGGGCAAUUGCGUGGAUAAGCAUAUCAAUCUAUUGCCCGGUUUGCUCAAGUCAAUUAAACAAACUCUGGACAAGGGUCCGCCAAAGAGAGCUCAUAUACGCCAACAAAUGGAUGCCUAGUUGACGGAGGAGAACGACUUCAGCUUCAGCUGUUGCCCACUACUGAUAAUCCAACUCAACCAACGAGACGUAAAGUGUUAAGGGUCAAUCAUAAUAAUAAAUUAAUACUUGAUAAGCAAUUUA